UGGAUGUGUAUUUGUUUGAGAGAGAGACGGAGAGAGAAAGAUCGAGAGAUGGAGGAAGAAAAGACCCAUCCUUUGCCUGAGUCGUGUGUAAUGAAUGGAGGAGAGGGACCUUGUAGCUAUGCUCUGAACUCCACCUAUCAGAGAGGAGUAGUGGAAGCUGCCAAAGAAGUGAUCAAAGAGGUCAUAGCCAAUUACUUAGACGUCAGCACGCUUUCUACUACUCUGAAGCCAGUGUGUAUAGCGGACUUGGGUUGUUCUACAGGUCCCAAUACCUUCAUCGCAGUACAAAACAUAAUAGAGGCCAUUCAAAUCCAAUACAGAUCAAGAGGACAAAACACUCAGAUCCCAGAAUUUGUAGUAUUCUUCAAUGACCAUGCCUCCAAUGAUUUCAGCACUCUCUUCAAGUCCCUCCCACCCAACAGACAAUACUUUGCAGCUGGGGUUCCGGGUUCUUUCUAUGGCCGCUUGUUUCCAAAGGCAUCUCUUCCUUUCAUUCACUCCUCUUAUGCACUACACUGGCUGUCCAGGGUCCCCUUGGAGGUCAUGGAUGAGGGCUCUCCUGCAUGGAAUAAAGGGAGGAUUCACUACACAAAUGCGCCAAAGGAAGUUGUGGAGGCCUAUGCAACUCGGUUUGCCAAGGACAUGGAGUCCUUUCUCAUUGCUAGAGCACAAGAGCUUGUUGUUGGAGGGCUAUUGGCACUUUUCAUACCUGCCGUCCCCGAUGUCAUGAGCAAAUCUGACUCAUUUACUGGUUUAGAGCUUGACCUUCUAGGAUCUUGCCUAAUGGACAUGGCCAAAGUGGGAUUAGUCAGUGAAGCAAAGGUGGAUUCUUUCAAUUUGCCGGUUUAUUACACCUCCCCAAAGGGAUUGAAGACAUUGAUAGAAAGAAAUAAGCAUUUCAGCAUUGAGAGGAUGGAAAAUUUGAAUAAUCAGAAGAAGAAUCUCAUCCUACCAAAUCCCUCGAUGCGUAGUUUAUACCUGAGAGCAGCAUUGGAAGGAGAAUUUGCUAAGCAUUUUGGGAAUGAGAUAAUGGAUGAGUUGUUUAAUCGCUACUCUGAGAAAGUUGUAGGGUCCUCCUUUUUCUUAAACCCAGAGACCCAUAAAUCCAUUAUAUUGUUUGCCCUUCUAAAGCGCAAGGAUUAGGCUGUACUUAAGUUUCAUUCAAACCAAAUAAUAAUGGGACACCAAUCAAAAUCAUGCAGCAUAUUUUUCUUUUUAUUUUGCUUUUUGUUUCUUGAACAGUUUCAUGUAAUUAUAGACCAAUUCUUGAAAA